AUGUCCUGGGCCGGAUUCAAGAAGAAUGUCAACCGCGCGACGACGCAGGUGAUGAUGAAGACGGGCCAUGUCGAAAAAACGAAUGAUCGGGAUUACGAGGUAGAGGAGAGACGCUUCAAAACUAUGGAAGCCGCCUCGCUACGAUUACAGAAGGAGUCCAAGGGCUAUUUAGAUUCACUCAGAGCCAUGACGGCAUCGCAAAUGCGAAUUGCCGAGACAAUCGACGCCUUCUACGGCGAUUCCGGAGCGACCGACGGCGUUAGCCGCAGCUACAAGCAAUCUGUCGAAGAUCUCGACGCCGAAACCAUCAAAGCCCUCGAUGGCCCGUAUCAGACGACGGUGCUAGAGCCCAUUUCGCGAUUCUGCGCUUACUUCCCCGACGUCAACGAGUGCAUCAAGAAGCGCACACACAAAUUGAUUGACUACGACGCGCUACGCGCCAAGGUCAAGCGCCUAGUCGACAAGCCGGACAAGGACGCCACCAAGCUGCCGCGCACCGAAAAGGAACUCGACAUGGCCAAGCAACUGUACGAGCAGCUCAACGAGCAGUUGAGCACUGAGCUGCCCCAGCUGAUUGAGCUGCGCGUGCCUUACCUGGACCCCAGCUUCGAGGCGCUUGUCAAGAUUCAGCUGCGCUUCUGCGCCGAGGCCUACUCGCGCAUGGCGCAGGUUCAACAGUACCUGGAUGCCGACACGCGUGAUUUAUACGCUGACGGCCAAUUGGACGCCAGGGUGGAGGAGGUGCUCAACGAGAUCCGGGAGCUGAGCAUAAGCGGCACGGUAUAA